GCCACAGCUCAUCCUCACCUCCCUCCUCUGGAGCAGAUGCUUCAGCCAAAGCCUGACCUGGGCAGUUGGCAACCUCCCUGGUAUCCCCGGAAGGAAGAGAGGCAGUGUCUGUCAGCAGCUGCCUCCCUGCCGCCAGGGUCCCUGAGUCCCGGGUCCAGCCCCGCCUCCAGCGCGGUGCCUCCGCUUGUGGCCCCGCUGAGACUCCCUGGGGCAGGACUGAACAAAGGUCCGGGCCCGCCCUGCUCCUCUCCCUGAGAUCCCGGGAACGCGCCUGCAGGAACCGAGCACGUGCAGGACCGAGCUGCAGCGCGCGGGUAAUCCGAACCUGACAAAAUGUUUGCCAAAGCGACUCGGAAUUUCCUUAAAGAAGUGGAUGCUGGAGGGGACCUGAUCUCAGUCUCACACUUGAAUGACUCGGACAAGCUGCAGCUCCUCAGUCUGGUGAUCAAAAAGAAGAGAUACUGGUGCUGGCAGAGACCCAAGUACCAGUUUUUGUCUGUCACCCUGGGAGAUGUUCUCACCGAAGGGCAAUGGCUCAGUCCAGUGGUUGUGGAGUCAGACUUCGUGAAAUAUGAAAGCAGGUUUGAGAACCAUACGAGUGGGAGCAUCGGGACGGUUGUGGGGAAGGUCAAGCUGAACGUUGGCGGCAAAGGCCUGGUGGAGGGCUGCUCGUCGUUUGGAACCCUGAGGAAGCAGGAGGUGGACCUGCAGCAGCUCAUCCAGGAUGCAGUCGGGAGAACAGUUAAUCUGGACAACCCGGUGCUCCAGCAGGUGCUAGAGAGGAGGAACGAGGUCCUGUGUGUGCUGACACAGAAGAUUGUGACCACGCAGAAGUGUGUGAUCUCUGAGCAUGUGCAGACGGAGGAGAAGUGCGGAGGCAUGGUGGGGAUCCAGACCAAGACUGUGCAGGUGUCAGCAAUGGAGGACGGGACCGUCAUGAAGGACACCAAUGUGGUGCUGGAGAUUCCUGCUGCCACCACCAUUGCCUGUGGCAUCAUUGAGCUGUAUGUGAAACAGGAUGGCCAGUUUGAAUUCUGUCUCCUGCAAGGGAAACAUGGUGGCUUUGAGCACGAGAGGAAAGUUGACUCUGUCUACUUGGACCCCAUGGCCUACAGAGAAUUUGCAUUCCUGGACAUGCCGGAUGGGGGUCAAGAGAUCUCUUCCCAAGAUGGGCCACUACAUAUUUUAAAACAAGCAUCUGUGCACCUGGAGAGGAGCUUCCAUCCCUUUGCGGUGUUACCUGCACAGCAGCAGAUGGCGCUGUCCUGUCUCCUGCAAAAAGUCCUGUUGGAUGAGGAACUCCUUAAGGCCCUGGAACAAGUGUGUGAUGAUAUGGCUGGUGGCCUCUGGUCCUCGCAGGCUAUAUUGGCGAUGAAGGAGCUAACAGACAGUCAGCAGCAGGACCUCACAGCCUUCCUGCAGCUGGUGGGGUGCAGGGUACAGGGUGAGCGUCCUGGCCCGAAGGAUGAGGUCAGCAACCAGAAGCUCUUUGCAACAGCCUACUUCCUGGUCAGUGCACUAGCAGAAAUGCCAGAUAAUGCCACGAUUCUCCUGGGGACAUGCUGUAAACUCCACAUUAUUCAUAUGCUCUGCCACCUGCUCGACGCUCUGUCUGAUGACAGAGUAUGUGAUUUUGAAGACCCCACCUUGGCUCCUCUGAGAGAUACUGAGAGGUUUGAGAUUGUGCAGCGUUUGUUUGCCUCUGCCGACAUUGCCCUGGAGAGGAUGCACUUGUCCAUUAAAGCCACCAUCCUGAAGGACUCUUGCAUCUUCCCACUAAUUCUUCAUAUCACUCUAAGUGGGCUUUGCACUCUAAGCAAAGAACACGAGUAAUGUCUUUGUCUGUCAGAAUUAUGUGCUACUGGCCAAGGCUGGGUACAUUUUAGAACUGAGAAAAUACUUUAGGAUUUUGGGCUAAGAGUGUUGACUUUCCACACUGAAUGUCUGCAAGCAUUGUGAAUGGUUUCUUUUCAUCAGAGGCCUGGUAUGCCAAUAGACAGUGACCCCUGGUGACCAUGGUACAUUCCAACAUCUGAGUCAUUGAGGGAAGUGUCAAGGGCUUUGUACUCGACUCAUUGGUCACUUUAUUUUCCACUCACUCCUGUUAUACAAAAACGGAAGAGUCUGAGACUUCAACAUUCAUCUUAGGCUAUGAAUGCUACAGGAAAGCAAUUUCUCUUCUUUCAGAAAUGCUGUACAUUACUUGAUGACUGGGAAACCUUAUAUGCUACCUGAGUAUAUGAAACAAAAUUAUAUUAAGUAAGGCCAUCUGAUUUUACCCACCUCAACGUGGGGAUUUAGAUAUAUUUCUUUUAUUUGAUUUUGUUACGCUUUGAUGAACAUACUAUGUCUAGAACAAUUCCAGUGCAUUCUGGGAAUUUGUCACAUGUUGCAAUUUCUAUCAAAGGAAAUUCUGAACUAUGUCUAGUUUGCUAUUUAUUCUGUUUUGAUGUCCUUCUGCUUCAGCAGUCUUGGAUAGUCUCCCCAAGCCUCCCGAUUUCACUGAAAGUAUUUGUUGCUAUAGAUCAGACUCAAUGCCUCUGGGUAGAAGCAGCAGGGAGACGCAUGUUAGCAUGUAGUUCCCAUCUCCAUUUCGCCCAUGCGGCCCCUUCAGAUUAUAAGGAAGAGUAACAAAAAUGAAAUAAAACGAGACUCCACCUCACGCAGCUAUCUUUUACAGGGCUAAAGUUGUACCAGCAGCACUGCUCAGAAAUAAACUGAUCAUAAAUUAGGAAGGAAAUGCAAAUGUGUGUAGCUAUGCGAAGUUGGUACUGUGACUCAUUUAUUUCUGACAUAAGACAUGAAGAGCAAGCUAUGGACAGAACAUAUAUGAAUCUACAGGCGGAAAACACACAUGUAUGGGCAUAGGAAUGCAUGUCUAGAAUUCAGGAGAAACCUGGCAGUGGUGCAUUGCAAUUCAGGGACUUUUGAGAUUGGGACAAAAGGCAAAAAGAGUUACUUCCUUACCUUUAUAUUCUGGUUGGAGUUUUAUAUUAUCCUUCUAAUGAUGGGUCAUAUAAAAUAGGAAAUAUGAAAGCGUUAAGUGAUGGUUGUACAAAGCAUGGGAACCUCAGUUGGGUCUCUGGCAUCUAUGUAGACUGCCAGGCAUUGUGAUCACCUCUGUGAUACCAUCACUGGAAGGCAGAGAUACCAGAAAGACAUCUCUAGCCUCUAUGUGCAACACACACACACACACAAAGUAUGGGAAAAAAAAAACAAAAAAAAUUUUUCUGGAGACACCAGAAACAUCCUAAAGUAGCAUGUUCCUGAACAUGAAGUAUGGAAUCCUAGAAACCAGCAUGAGAGAAUUGCAAAGUGCACUUCUGGAAAGGCUUCCUGCUGUACAAAGCCACACUGCUGUGUUUCAGUGGGUGCCUGCCCUCUUCCUCCAGGCCCAGUGUGAAGCUGUAACACACAGCAGGGCUGCUUGCUGAAACACAGGAUUUCUCUUUCCUGGGCAGAUGGGAAGUGGCCAGAGGGACUCAUGCUGUCUAAGCAGAGUCUUUGUUUCUUGAUCCUGUAUUUUAAUCUUCCCCAACUCUGAAAUCCUUUUCUAUGAAAGCCACCAUCAUGCACCAGCCAGAAUAGAAACAGCAGCAAAGGGAAUCUUGGCUGAAAAGUAGAGGCAGGUGAAACUUUAUUUAGGUGGAAAAAAUUUACAUCGAGGACUUAAAAAUCCAUUUAAAUCAAAGCUAAUGCAAUAUCCUGUAGUUUUAUCUCUUAGUUCUACCUGUAAAUGAAACAUUGCCAAUUUUUCCAACAGCAAGUAUUUCUUUAAAUGCACAAAAAUAUUUUAUCAGGAAUAUGUAAUCUCACAAACUGAACACUGUAAUAGUUUUUAACUGUAUGCGGAAAUAUGUUGAAAGAUUUAUAGUGAGUUUCUGAAACAUCAAUACUUACUGUAUUAUAGGAAAUUAAUGUAUACAAGGACAGCAGUGAUGUUUCUCUUUGCAGAAACUAGUAAUGCAGAUAUCUAGAAAGCAGGGAUGCUUAACUUUUCUUUUUAAACCUUUUCAUCAGAAAGUUCCUUAAGCAGCUUGGCAAGCUUCGACUUUUAUAAGCAUGUUGUCUUCUACUGAAAACUCCUUACAGUCGCUAAAGAGGGUGGGGUUAAAAAGAGCAUGUGUUUGUGUUAGAAGGAAAGGUAUGCAAAAAUGAACUGGGGGUGGAGAGACAAAAAGUUUCCACAGCAAGUCAUUUACAUCAAAUGGUCUCUGUGGGUUCUGACAAUUCAAAAAGGCUUGCAGAAAAUUUCAUUUGUUGCUGAACACCUGUGCUGGCUCAUUUUAUGUCAACGUGACACAGGCUAGUCAUCUGAGAGGAGGGAACCCCAAUUGAGAAAAUGCCUCCAUAAGAUCAGGCAGAAGGCAAGCCUAUAGAGCACUUUCUUAAUUAGAGAUUGAUGGGGGAGAACCCAGCUCACUGGGGAUAGUGCCACCCCUGGGCUGGUGGUCCUGGGUUCUAUAAGAAAGGCUGAGCAAGCCAUGAGGAACAAGUAAACAGAGUUCUUCCAUGGCCUCUGCAUCAGCUCCUGCCUCCAAGUUCCUGCCCUGCUUGAGCUCCUGUCCAGACUUCCUUCAAUGAUGAACCAUAAUAUGGAAGAGUAAGCCAAAUAAACCCUUUCCUCCCCAAGCUGCUUUGGUCAUGGUGCUUCAUCACAGCAAUAGCAAGCCUAACCAAGACAACACUAUUGCUCAUUUUUUUUUUUUGCAAGAUAUCACUUAAAAAAAAAACACAUAAAACAACAAAAAACAGUGUUACAGAAGAAAUAGAAACCAGCAUCAAUUUUUAUAAGAUGGCAUACAGUGAAAACAAUCAUCUACUUUGCAUUUCAUGUUCAGAUACAUAUGAGCUAUUGAUGUAGGAGAAACAUGAACUAACAGCAGCCAUGUUACGAAGGACUUACUAAUAAACUUGCUCAGGAGAUAAUAAGUUACAAAGCAGGACUUACCUAGGGAGUGCCACCUCCACAGGAACUGGGAGAUAAGCUGUGUGCUGACCAGGCUUGUCAGAAAUGGCAGGAAAGAACAUUUUAUUCCUCAAACAUAACUGGAGUUUAGGACUCCUGAGACCGUUCACUAAGACUGACCAGCUGUGAGACCCAUCACCGUAUCAGAAUACGUGUCUCUAGGGUGGCAAGUCAAGUGAGUGGCACAGGGUGACAGUCAUCAUUAAGUCCUGAUCUGCCCUUAGGUCUCUGUUCUUUUAUCAUAGUUCUGCCAAGUAGGCAAGGUGACCCUGGAUAACAAGCACCCCAGACAACACUGGUGUAUCUUUGCUGUGUAAAUCUCCCAUUUGCCCACCUGACUAGACUUAUAGACUCCUGCCUCUUUAAAUUGUUCAUGUGUAAUCUGGGGCCAGGACCUGAAAGAUUUUUUUUUUUUCAAGACAGGUACAAUUUCCUGUUUGAGGCUGCUUUCCCUUUGUGCAUUAACUAGAACCAGGCACAUGCUAUUGAGGAUUUUUUCCUCUAUUAAUUUCUAUGUGCUUGGAGUGAGUUCUCACUGCGAAGGCAUGUUCAUUCUACAACAAUACAGCAUCUAACUGGCUCUAUCUGUAAAGACUAAGGUAUUUCUCACUUGGACCACACUUAUUAGCAGUGCUACCAUUAACUAGCUCUCUGACAUAAGAUGUAAUCAUGUCUUAGCUGGUAAGGUUUCUGGCUCAAUGUAAUUUAUAGCUGGGAAGGGUUUUUGUUUGUUUCUAGGGUGUUAGCAUAUGCCUAGGACCAUGUGUACAUUAAGCUUGCAAAGCACUCUACCUCUAAGCCCCCACCCUCCUCAACUGAACAGUUUUUAAUGUUGUGAUCUUUCUUUCCUCUUAACUAGUUUUAAGUUUCCUCUAAGUUCUCAGGCAACCUUGACUAGUAGAGGAGGGAAGCUAGUUUUGAGGUAUGGCCUAUCACAUUUACGCAUAUAUUGCCUAGUCAGUUUGCCUUUGGCUCAAUUGUAAUAAAGGCAACUAUUUCUGACUUUUGAAAUGAAGGCUGGGACUACUGCUCAGUAUUGGAGCAUGUGCAGCAUAUGCAAAGUCCUAUACUUACGCCCCAGGACAUCUCUGCUCUGUGGCAGUAACAAUUAUUUAUUUCAGGAGACUAAAAAAGUGGUAGUUUUAUAUAUAAGAAAUAAAUGGUUAACUUCCAAGUUAUAAGUGACAUUUAUCUUAACUAUCGAUGUGUUAAUUCAGUUUGUGUGAGUGAUUAAGAAACAACAAAGUAAAAAUAAAAAUAAAAAUGGCCAUUCUGACCUGUGUCCUGAGGUUGUCAGUUAUCACAUCACUGUGACACCAGCCACAAGACAAUAAGCAAUUAGAAAGAGAAAGAAGUAUUUUCUGGAUUUGGGGUCCACUAAUUAGAUGUAACUAUUAAGUAGUUUUUCUAAUAAAGAUAUAGGUGCCCAUUAAGCUUCACACUAUGGGUAAAAACCAGGUUGCAGUGUAAAUUUUAGACACAAGGAUAAGGAAGAGCAGCUUCAGAAUGCUCUGAUGUAAACAUCAGAGGAUUUCAAAUCUGUGUGAUUAGUGAACGACUUGCUUAGCAGCUAGGGACUUGGAAUGGGAUUCUAAUGGGACUCCUAGAUUAGGACCACCGAAAGGCAGAUUGUCUUCCAGACUGCAGCUCAAUCAAGGAGCUCUCUUAAUCCUGGGGGUGGGUUCCUGAACAGUUCACCAUCUGCUACUUCACCUUAGAAUGAGGUGACUUUACAGGGACUGAAGGAGAAGCAACCUCGGGUAAGAGAACACAUUUAAUAAGUACUCUCAAAGGCUUACCACAUCACAAUCACAAGUUAUCCUUUAGAGUUGAAGAUGAAGACGGGUAUUAACCUAGCCCUACACAACACAUGGAAGGUAGAGGGAAAUUAAAUGUUCUCAAAAAUCACAUGGUAGGAUCUUAGUCAGUAGAAGUAGCACAACUAUUUUUACUUUUAUAACGAGAGAUUAUUUUUUUUUAAGACAGUCUUGUAGUGUUUUGCCCGAGUGGUGCAACCAUGCUUACCUUAGAAAAAAGAGCAUCAUUCUCUCGCUUUUUAGUCCACUAAGGACGUGUGAUUCUGUGCAUUUUUCAAAAGUCACUCCAGGAUACAAAGCAACAAGAUGAAAUGAGAAAUAUUUUUAAAAGAAUAUAACUUUAAAGCUAAAAGAAAAAUACAAUUUAAAAAUAACCUUACCUUAAAAAACUAUAGAAUUAUUAUCUUCAGGUGUAUCACAUAUACUUACAAAAAGAUCAAUAUGAUGCUGAAUUAUUCAUCAAAUGUAUUCUUAAAAAUCUGUGAAUAAUGUUAUAUACAAUAAUCUCAUUAUUUAAAAUACUGAAUUUCUCCCAAGAACUCCAAAUACAUUACAGAUGUUAUAAGAAUUCUCACAGCAAUCCCUUGGAACAGGAGGCGCACAGGCACAGUAAUCUUUAAGUCUAACUUAUAGCACAAUUUCACUUCAAAGUUGAAGUAAAUAUUUCCCAAGAGGCCUCCAUCCAGAAAUGUUUUUUCUUACGGAAAUUAAAUUCUAAUAAUGAAAAACAGUUUUCCGGGCUUAGUUUCUCUAGUAAAGUCUUCAGAAAGGAGAUUAGUAUCAGCUUCAAGGUGGAGCCAAAGCUUCUUAAAAGAAUCUAAAAUAGAUCAGAAUGUCUAGGAAUUUGAAAGUAAUUAAAGCCUUAGAACACUAGCUGUAACAUAUGGGCAAAUAUAUUUAGCUUUAUCAUUCAUUACUUUUGGGAAAUAGUUACAUAUUAUACACAUAGCUUUUUUUGUGUGUGUGUGUGUGUGUGUAUGUAUAUAUAUGUACAUGUUUUUUAAAAAUGAACUAUUUAUGUGCACAAAACUUCAGGACUGCCCUUUUCUUAUUUAGUAUAAAGAUUAGUUACUGUGGAGGUAAGGUCCUCCAGUCUAAUUCUGUAUAAUGAAGGACUAUUUCAUUAGACACAAAAAAAAGUAGAUGGCUAUUUUCUUGCCAUUUUCAAACUUUUUAUAUUUUGAAUUUACCCAUUUAAAAUAAUUAUAACUAAUUUGGUGGCCUUGGCAAUCAACUUCAAUCACUAAGUCAUGAUACUUGUUCUACAUAAAAAUAAGUAUCAUUUUAAAUUAAUUUUUGAAAUAAGGAUCAUUUCUAGUGUUGCUGGGGAUUAAGCCCAGGAUCUCACACAUGUUAGUUAGGCACACACUCUACCAAAGUUAUAACCCCACGCCCUUGUUGUUUCUUCUUUUGUUUUUUGAGACAGGGCCUUGUUAUACCAUGCAGGCAGGCUAGACUCCAAUUUGUAAUCCCCCUGCUUCAGCCUCCUGAGUGCUUGUAUUACUAAGCCUGGCAAAAUCAUCAUUUGUGGCCAGAGUAGUACCUUGUCAUAAUCAAUGUCCAGCUAUUGGAUUAUACUGCUAAUGAGCUAUUUUCUAAAUAUGUUUAAUAACUAAUUUGGCCUUUUAAAGGAAAUUUUUUACAGUUUGUAUAAAUAACUUUACUAGACUCCAGACUCUAGGGUUUGUCCUAUUUGGUUUAUAAUGAUUUCUAUUUUAGAGAGCUAUGGUCAGCAAUUGUAUCAAGUCAGCCAAAACAGACACUCCUGAUGUAUCUGACAUCUGAUAUCUAAAAACACAAAAACGGAAACUGCACAAUAAAAGCAUAGUAGUAACGAAGUCAAAAAUUCUACUAUAGGGCAUUGAAUAUAUUCCAUUAGCAAAGGUUAAAUGACUUGUUCAGAGACAUCAUUUCUACAGGCAUUUGUACACUUGAAAAUGAAAAAAUACAUAUAACUAUUAGUUGUAAAGAAACCAUGCCCUGAAUGCUGAAUGUGGACACUCAUCCCACAGUACAUUUAUGAAUACACAUACAAAAUGUUUUCCCAAAGAACAUGCAUGUAUGUGUACAUUUUACCUAUCACCAAUUAUUGAACACCACUGUAAGCCCUUUCAUCUUCAGUUAUUAUAAAUGUGUUAUGUUAGACCCUUCCCAGGAGAGAAGUAUGAAUUUCCUUGAUCACAACACCUAGGAAGAAUCCUGGUAUGAAGCCUGAUGGUUCCUACAGACUCAGGUGGGGACUUGAGUUACAAGUUCAGUGAGUCUUCACUGAGAAACAGUUGUACCUUCUUAAUAUUGGCAUUUAUAGGAUAGUGAACUAAACUGUAUCACUUCAUUAGGAGAAAUCUGUGAUUAAUUACGUCAUCAAUCAUGAGUAUCAUUUAUAAUAGAAACAAUGUUAAGCAGAGAUGAUACGCCAGAUAAUAUACAUUUUUGUAUCACAUGAAAAGGAUAUAAAUACGUAUGCAACUACUGUUUCUGUUGCAUCAAGAUGGUAGAGAUAUUUGUGGAUAGACUGCUGUGCAGAUAUAAUUUUCCCAAAGCUGCUUAGAAAGGCUUCAAGAAAUAGCAUGAAGGUACAUUGGGGAAUACAGUACAUUUCCUGAGAGCACAGAACUGAAAUUUCUCUCCAAACUUACAUUACAGUGUAUUGAAACAUUAAGUCACAAGGUGCCAUGUAAACACUGUGCUUUGACUUACGUUGCUUUGAGAAUCCAAUAAUUUUAGCAAAUACAUGUAGUUUAAAAAGUUAUUAAGAGUGUAUGAUCCACUUUGUUAACAAUUUCCUGUCCCAGAAAAAAGAAAAAGAAUAUUUUGGCUAUGAAAUUCUAGAAUUAAAAUUUAAAAGCCUCAAGAUUCCCUUUAUUAACAAUAUGGUAACUUAGGUGUUUUAUUAUGAAUAGAAAAUACUGUGUGAAUAUUGCUUACUACCAUAUAUAUGCACAUAUGUAUGCAUGUAUGUAUAUAUCUAUAUCAAUAUCUUUAUAUAGAUGGAUAUAUAACUUUGAUGAGGGGAAAAACAAAAUCAGAAUUCAGGUGUCUGGAGCCUGUCACCAAAGACACUCAUCAAUAUUUAAGCAUCAAACCCUUUAAAAUGUGACUAUUCUGAAAUGAAAAGCUAGCAGCAAUAUAAAAUAAGGUUAGCUUAGUCAGUGAUGAGCUGCAUCACUAAACGCAUAUAUUUAAGGAAGAAUAUAUAUCAUUUAAGACUCCUAGAGGAGAAUAUCCACCAAGGUGAACGUGGGAAUCUGCACACUGGCAAUGCAGCUAAAGGAUUUGGUUCCUAAUCAUUAAGUAACAAAAAAGUGUAUGUCCUAACAGAAAUCUCGAGUACAGAACAUCAUUUAGUAUAUAUAAUGUAUGUGUUGUGAGUGUAUAUAUGAAUAGCUGGCAAUUAUUUCCAAAUUUUGUAAACUGUUCAAAGGAUUUGGUUUUCGACAAAACAGAGAACAAA